UUAACAAUCUACUAUUACGUGGUAUAUAAGCGCAUUGUCAUUUUCCUUACAUCGCAUGCGUUCAACGCUGCAUUUAUAUAUUUUAAGCUAUAUAUUUGUCGUGCAAGAUAUUACGAUGUAGACGACUGUACGCGUUCUUAGCAGAUAGCGGAACACGUCAGAUUUAUCAAACACAUCAUUUCGUCCUGGCACCAUGAAGCACCCUAGGACAUCUAAUUACAGACCAGAUAUCAUUACGAAUGUCAGCCAGCAAACGUGGCCCGCAAACAUGAGCUGUACAGUGUACAAUGCUCCUUCACCACCCAGAAACACUAGACACCCACAUGCCCUUUUGUUUCGGCUCCCCGCGUAGGAUAACUGGAGAUCCAAGGGGUGAAGGAGCUCUACAUAUAAUGGGCUAAAGUCCCUAGCUCUUCCCUGCACUCGGCGGCAAAAAGUCGAAACGUGUGGGCCUGCAGACGUACCCGUUUCUCCAUACAAGGCACUCCUUGGCGACUCGCUCAACGCACCAGCUCACAUAAUAUUGUUAGCCGAUAGCUUUUUAUGUCCAAUGCAUUAUUCGAUACUCAUUUAAAAUUCUAACAUAAGCUUAUAAAGAAAGCUCGCCAUUUCGAAGCGGUCCCCUGCUGGUGACGGUCGUCGGAACAAAAUAAAUAACCGGCGUCUAAAGUAAAGAUAUCAGGCUAUCUGCCCGUUUUAUUAAGCAGAUAUAUUACGCAAAUAAUUGAGUUUGGGAGCCGGUCUGCGCCUACGCUUCAAAAAUCGCGGGGGCGAUCGGAGGCUUCGACGCGUGCUCAAACGCGCAAGCGCACCGUGCUAUACACACGCGUCAUUAAAAAAAUAAAAACAAAAAAAAACUUACGAACGUGUGACCUUUCUUUAAAGUGACAGUUAAAAAGUACGCGUGAUUUGACGGUUCAAAUUUCGAAUUCGAAUAAACUAGUGCUGGAGUUGGCGAUAGUUAUCGAUGUUUUAGUUUAUGAAUGGAGUGUAGGAAGUGACGUCAUGAUUAGUGUUGUGACUGUGUGGAUGACAAUGAGCGACCAUUAGAGCGGAAAGAAUGUGGUUAAUGUUGGGUGUGGCGCUACUGGUGGCGGGCACGGGCGCGGAGUGGCGCUGCCCCGGACUGAGCGCGCGCCCAGCCGCCGAGUGCUCCUGCGAUCUGCCACACACGCUGCGCUGUGCUGGCGACCAUACUGCGCUGCAGAUAAUCGGCCGUCAUCUACGUGAACAGCGUGCCAAGAACAAGAACACGACGGUAUCACUGCUCGACUGCGCCUUACGUGGCGUAUCAGCGCUAACGGCGGCGUCUGUCACCGAGUUGGCUGGCGUCGGACUGCACGGAUUAGUUAUAUCCUCGGGGGAUAUAAGGAGAGUGCAGUCGGGAGCCUUUAACAUGGUCGCUGGGACUUUACUAGCACUUGGUUUACCAAAUAAUCAGUUGCCUUCAGUACCUACGGAGGCCAUAGCUCAUUUGUCAAUAUUAGACCGUCUGGAUUUGUCUAACAAUAAAAUACAUGUUUUGGAUCGGACUUCGUUUAAGGGUAUACAGAAUUUGACAUACCUGGAUUUAAGCGACAACCAGCUGACCGACAUCGCGCCGGGCGCGUUCAGACCUUCGGAAAGGUUGGCGGUACUGAAGCUUCGAGGGAAUCUGCUGAAAGUGGCGGCGCUGGCGUCGCUUAAGGAAGCCCACUUCUUACGAGACUUGGACUUAUCCAGUAACGCCUUGGAAGGCCCGCUGGGUCCCAACACCGUACCACCUUUGCCGUACCUGACCAACCUUCAGCUAUCCGACAACACUUUUGCGAGCAUACGGCGAGGAGCAUUAUCAGGACUCACCAAUCUGACCCACCUGAGUCUACACAAUAAUCAAAUUGAUGUUCUGGAAGACUACGCGUUCCGGCAUCUCCUGAACUUAACGCAUUUGGACCUGUCCCACAACGAGAUCGUGGCAGUGUCAGGCUCAUCAUUAGCUCAGUUAGUAUACUUGGUGCACUUGGACCUCUCCCACAACUUCCUGCGAUCCCUGUCAGCGGAGCCGCUGAAGGGCCUGCAGCGGCUCUCCGAGCUGAUGCUGCACGACAACGACAUCUCCAUCAUCGACGACGGUGCGCUGGCGCAGCACCCUCAACUUACGAGGUUCACCAUCGAGGAUAACCCACUUAAUUGCGAUUGUCUAAUGGCCGGCUACGCUCGAUGGUUGCGGGAGGCGAAAAACCUUUCUCAAGCGGACAAAGCCGCUGCAGUCUGCACAACUCCACCACACUUAGAAGGGGCGCUUAUAUCCAGACUGUCGAAAAACAAGUUGUGUGACGACUUUGAACAUGUUGAGAAGAUUGAGGUGGAUUAUAAAAUUGUCAAUACUGUUGAUGAUAAGGAUGAAUAUGAAGAUAAAGGGCUGGAUGAUGAUAUGUAUGAUGAUGAGAUGGGCGUGCCGGCGGAGGAGGAUUUGCCCAUUUCUAAAGCUAAGGUUUCUCUCCUUGAUGCGUGGUUCGACGAUUCAGAGGUCUACCUGUCCUGGUCAGUGGACCCGCCAUCACCACAUCGUUUAAGAUGUACUGGCGUCACAGUGGCGCGAGGAGGCGGUCUGCCGAAGCAAGUCGCUUGUCACAGAGCCGCGCCCGCCAAUGUGGUGCUAAGGGGACUCAAGAUAGAUCCAGUGGAUCAGUAUACGUUCUGCAUAGCUCUGGAAGAGAUGGAUAGCAACGAUAUCCCCCUGUCUCUCGUCCUUGGUUGCGGAGCUCCUCAGGUGGUGCGGCAGCGGGCCCCCUUUGUUACCCCAGUGCCAGUCCCCGUGACGCUUCCUGUUACCAGAGAGAACUUGAGGGUAACUGAAGUUCGCUCCAACGUGACCAGCGACGGGCUCCUAACUGUCGUCAUAUCAAUGAUGGGCCUGCCUACUCCUCGCCCGUUCAUCCUUCCACGCUCACAGAGACUCUCGUCAACCACAAGAAUACAUAACUGCUACAUAGUUUUAGCUGUACUAUCCAGGGGUUCCUUGGUAGCUCAGAAAGACACGCCCUGUCAAUCGACUUUAGAAAUUUCUAUGGAAGGAUUCUUGAGAGGUCCUUAUGAAGUAUGUGCGACUUUAUCGAAAUAUAAAGCGCAUGAUAGCAGAUCUAUCUGUAUAGUGCCUCAGGUAUUGGAGUCAGGGUCUUUAGAGAUGAAGGCAGGUUUUAAAAGUUUGAAUAUGGCGUUGGUUGGAGUAGCGUUAGGGUUAAUGGUGAUUGUGGUGGGCUUAGUAUGGUUUGUUAGGAAGAUGUUGAAGAAACCAACUCAAUUUGAACCUCACAGAUGUUUUAGGCAGGAACCUGUGCCGGAAGAGAGUCCUAGAUCUAAUUAUGUGAUGCUGACUGCUACUUCCAAGGUUUAAUAGCUUCAUAAAUAUAUAUAUCGGAGCGGCGAAGGUGGCCAAAAAUAUCAGAACACGCACUCUAGUCUUGAUAAUAGAAGUUUUGUUCAGAUACUUAUUUGAAAACACCUGGGCCGCUCUGAUAUAAUAAUCUGAUUUCUAGUGUACAGGAAGUGGACAGGGUUUCUCGCGGUUUCAUGCACCUGACUUGAAAGUCGAAAUGUAGAAAAAAACAUGGUCGACACGUGACAGUUAGACGUGUAAAUAACUUGUAAAGUACGUGUAAAUAUUCGCUAUCUGAGAGUUUACAGAUGUCAAAUAGUAUGAUAUUGUCCCAUGAAAGUUUACUUUUUUCCAAUACUAUGCGUUGUCGACUUUUCUUUGCUUGUAUUUCUUCCACGGUGCACUUCGAAAUUCCUGCAUUUCUACAAGUAGCUCGUGUUUCAAAAGAUUUUAGAACGAUAUUUGACUUUGAUUUUGAUAGCUCAUGACAUUGAUGUGACACCGUUACUAUGUACCGUUACAUACCACAAUUGCAUACUGAUUGACUGCAAUUUUCCAUCAAUUUGACAUCGGUAACAUCGUCACUUUUUCUACUUACUGUGACGUGUCAAGCCAUCAUUAACAAGUCGAAUUCACAGCGCUUCAGUUUUCUGUGCAGUCACCAUAAUGGGGACAGAAAUAACACCUUCAACUCUCGACAAAAUGCCAUUCCAACCUCUUACCAAGCGCGGGAAAGGAUCCGUCAAAACACCUUAAUUAAACAGUGGCGCCACAGUAUAUCUAGAAUGUUUGUUAAAAAAUUUCAAAUCAUUGACAGCGCACUUCACUCCGUUAAUAACAUAAGUUCAUCGCUACUCUAGCGCCACUCUGGAGAGAUUUGGAACUGUUAUGUAUAGCUUUUGCAAUUGUUCUCCCAUAAUUCUCAUAACAGAAUUUUCUCCAUACCUGUAAUCUCCAUAGUACAAACAAUCUGUAGGUCUAAGAUGGUCGGCUCUUUAUCAUUUGUCACCAUGCCUGUCAUGUUCUAACAAGUAUGUAAGCGCGAAAGUGACGGGCAUAGUGACAAGUGAUAAAAAUGGAACCAUGCUGCCACCGCUGUACUCUUUCAGUAAGUAUAAUAAAUUUAAUACCGCUUUAUUUUACGAGCACUCACUGAUCACACAUGGUUAUCUAAUGUUGUGUAAGUUGAAGAAAGUUUCUAAAAAGUACCGACAGUUCUCAAAAACUUUUGAAAUUUUUCAGAGGAAUUAUAAGGAGUGUUUAGAAUAUUGUCUGGCUAUAGGAAAUCUUUAAAAAAAAUCGAAUUUUUCCAUAGGGAAAGAUUUAAAAUUCCAAACUUUCGGUCAGCAGAAAAUAUUAGUACUUAUAAAGCUUUUACGGGUCUAGAGCUCUUGGCUCGCGCAAACAAUCAGAAUACAAGAACAGACGAUAUUUAUAUAGUGCACAAUGCUUUAGUUUCUGAAGUUAAAACUACAAACAUUAUACAAAGACUCGACGAGAAAUAAACUUAUGUUGUGAGUUAUAAAAAUAAGAUGCUUUUAUUGUGUGUUCAAACGUAUCAGUUUCUGAGAAUGGCCUGUAAAAUAUUUUUAACGGGUGUCGUUACUUGUAAAUAUUUUUCUCAAAUUCACAGCAUUCUGAAAAACAUAAUAUGCAUUAUUUUAUCGACAACACAAUCGGCUUUCGAAUAUAUAAUUCGUAUUUCAGGCAAAAAAACCCAAAUGAAUUAUAAACCGAAAUAAAGCCAGAGGGCGUACCUCGGAACACGAUCGACGUAUUACCUCCCUGUCACACGUACGAGAUUGCAAGUGCGACAGAAGUAGAACCAAGGUCUGACGCUAACGAUUCCACUGGCACAGAUGUUCCGAUCCUAGCUCAGCCCUGAGAGCAUACCGGGAACACCGAAGUUCAUAAAAUGCGGGCAUCUUUCACUGUCACACUCCAACUAAGGCGUAGUUAGAGUGACAGGGAAAUAUGCCCGCAAUUUGCAAACUUCGGUGUUCGCGGUAGGCCCUCUGGGCACUGGAGGUCACUUUUUUGUUGUAUUAGGUAUAUGACAACUAUUUUAGUUUAUAAUUUAUGUCGU